UACCAUAUUAAAAUAUGUAUAUUUAUUGAAAUACAAUAAUCAUGACCUUAAACAUAAAACAAAAUAAUUUUAUCGAUUAACAGUCUCUUCAAAGUAUGCGUUUUUUGGCCCUCCACAAUACUAAAAUAAAGUACCUUUGGGCCCCAGCCACACAUACGUAAAUAAAUGCAUGCACCUUAUUGAAAAGUUUUGAGGAAGAAAUACUCGUAAACUCUGUAUAAUUGUGAAUAAAACUACUUUUUGUGAGGACAAACAAGGAAAAACAGCUAAAAUUCAAUACCGAUGGGCGGAAUUGUGCAACAGAAACACUACACAACAAAAUCCACUAACAAUUUCUGGAUAUGAAUUAAAUUGAAUACAGAAAUAAUCUGCCUGCUUCAUGGAAAAGGGAAAAAUUAUAAUCCAUCAUCUUCUGAACAUCUAAUGCAAAAUUCUCCAAAAAUGAAAUCUUCAAAACAUCUAAAGCAAAUGUAGAAGAAUACAUAUGAAAUUUGUUCCAACAAUAACGAAAAACCAUCUUAUUCCAACUUGUUUCAGAAACGUGGAAAAUUUCGAAGUAGGAUGCUAAUCCUCUAUCCUCACAUUAAAGCGAUUUUCGAAUAAGUGCUGGAAAUGGAGAUGUGAAGAAGAAGAUACAAACUGUAGAGCCCAAGGGGUAAACUUUACUCUAUCCCAGAAUUGGUGCAAACAAUUCCUCAAAGGGGAUUUUUUUACGCAUAAUUCCUUAAGAUUCCUGCGAAUUCCUCCAGAUACCCUAUCACAAAUUCCUCCAAAUACCCCACCACGAACUUCUCCAAAUACUCCACAAAUUCCUUUACAUUCCCUGCGAAUUUCAUGAGAAAUCUUGGAAAUCAACCUACAAUAACUGAAUUAAUUGAAAAUACAGUCUCACAUAUUUCAAAGUUUUCCUGGAAAACUAGUGAAGGCCAAAAUUUAAAACUUUUUGCAUGUGAAGUGGAAGGUGAGAAGCUCAUUUUCCCAAAAUUUCAAAUUUUUCCAGUAGAAAAUAACAAUAUAAGGAAUCUUGGAAAUAAACCUACAAUAACUGAAUUAAUUGAAAAUACAGUCUCACACAUUUCAAAGUUUUCAUGGAAAAUUACUGAAGGGAAAAUUUUCAAACUUUUUGCAUGUAAAGAGGAAGGUGAGAAGCUCAUUUUCCCAAAAUUUCUAAUUUUUCCAGCGGAAAACAGCAACAUGAAAAAUCUUGGAAAUCAACCUACAAAAACUGAAUUAGUUGAAAAUACAGUCUCACACAUUUCAAAGUUUUUCUGGAAAACUAGUGAAGGGAAAAUUUUGAAACUUUUUGCAUGUAAAGAGGAAGGUGAGAAGCUCAUUUUUCUAAAAUUUCAAAUUUUUCCAGUGGAAAAUAACGACAUAAGGAAUAUUGGAAAUCAACCUACAAAAUCUGAAUUAGUUGAAAAUACAGUCUCACACAUUUCAAAAUUUUCUUGGAAAACUAGGCAAGAGAGAAAUUUGAAACUUUUUGCAUGUAAAGAGAAAGGUUAGAAGCUCAUUUUCCCAGAAUUUCAAAUUUUUCUAGUAGAAAAUCAUAACAUGAGGAAUCUUGGAAAUCAACCUACAAUAACUGAAUUCAUUGAAAAUACAGUCUCACACAUUUCAAAGUUUUCUUGGAAAACUAGUAAAGAAAAAAUUUUGAAACUUUUUGCAUGUAAAGAGGAAGAUGAGAAGACGAGUGAGAAGAUCAUUUUCCUAAAAUUUCAAAUUUUUCCAGUGGAAAACAGCAACAUGAAAAAUCUUGGAACUCAACCUACACAAACAGAAUUAGUUGAAAAUACAGUCUCACACAUUUCAAAGCUUUCCUGGAAAACUAGUAAAGGGAAAAUUUUGAAACUUCUUGCAUGUAAAGUGGAAGGUGAGAAGAUCAUUUUCCCAAAAUCUCAAAUUUUUCUAGGGGAAAAUAACAACAUGAAAAAUCUUGAAAAUCAGCCUACAAAAACUGUAUUCAUUAUUAUUUUGAAUGUUUCAAAUUUGGACCUGUAAAUCAUGAAGUGUAAUUUUGGGAGGAUUUCUUUGAUGAAAAUUAUUAUCUAACAUCCAACACAAAACUAGAUUAUUUUUUUUCCAGUCAUUAUUAUUUCUUAUUAUAAGACUGUGAACCUCAGUGGCGUCAUGACCCUACAAUUUCCUUUAAAUUCCUCAUGAAUUCCCCACAAAUUCUCCCAAAUUCCUAACAAAAAUUCCUUAUAAAUUCCCCAAAUUCUUAUAAAUUCCGAUAAGUUCCUUCAAAUUCCCCACAAAUUCCAUUAAAUUUCCCACAAAUUCCUCUAAAUUUCUCACAUUUUUGGCAAAGUAUUCCUAGGUGGUUUGCCCCUUGGUAAAGCCUAUUACAGUACUAGCAACAGUACCAGUGAAUGCUGGAAUGAGUACUAAAUUAAGAGCCAUUUGGCAACCGAAGAUUAUAAGCCACCUGAAAAGAGUAGCUGUGAUAUUUUUGACAUAAUCACAGAUGUUCUACAAGAGCCAGAUAUAGCAAAGUUGAUAUGUAUGUAUACCUAUACAAGUAAAAUACAGAAUAUUAACCAGUUGCCUUAUGAUGUAUUGAAUCUAAGUAAAAGCAUGGACUAUUAUCAAGGCAACAUUGAUGAUAAAUAUGAUGGUUACCUCAGAAAAAUGAUAAGUAUUAUUAUUGAUACCCACCAGCCAAAAAAAGAAGUUGCUGUAAAUGUAAGAUAUAAUGAGCGGGUUUUGAAUGCAAAAAAGUCAAGAGAAAAUGCUUAUUAAACAUAUGCAAUCAGAUCAAUUAGGAUAAUUAUAAAAAUAGUAGAAAUGCUGAUGUAAACAUACUAAGAAUAGGAAUAGAGAAGUGUAGAUAUUAUCAGGACAGGGUGGAUAAUUGGUAUAAUGACCCGAAAGAAAUGUGGAAAUCAUUAAAACACAUUAGUGUUGAAAGAAAUACAGAACAAAUAGACAAAAUUGAUUUUUUGGGAAGCGUUUCCAAUAGUUUAUCUGAAAUUGUGGAAAAUUUUAAAACAUUUUUUAUUCAGAGUAUCACUGAUAUUGUACAGACACUAGCUCUAAGCCAAAUAAUAUUUAUUACUGAAAAUAGUGGUAAUGUACGUGUAACUUAUUGACAAAGAUAUUCUUAGGGAAAUAAUUUUUUCUAUGAGUAAUAAGUCAAAUCCUCAUGAUAUCGAUAUGUGAUCCUAUAAGGAAUUUUUUGAUGAAUUAUCAAAUAUAGUUUUGGAUGUUGUUAACAGUUCUUUAUUGCAUGGAAAGAUACCUGGGCUAGGAUUCUAUAAGGAAUAGACAUUUUCGCUAUCUCUAUUCAUUUCCAAAAGAAAGAAGAAGACAGCAAGUGCCAUAGCUAUAGAGAUAACAAUCCCUAUCAGAAAGGUAAAUUUGGUGAAUAUACUUUCCAGGAAAGUUUUAUUAAUGUUGGAGAGCAGCAGGGUAGUUUUUUGGGUGCACUUCUGUUUAUACAGUAGAUACAUUAAUAAUAUACAGCUGGUUUUGAAAAAUGUUAGAUAGGUAACUUAUUUUUGCUGAUGAUACCAUCAUUUAUGCAUCACACUCAGAUUUAAAGGUUGUUGUAGAUAAAAUAAAUCAAACAUUAGGGUAUGUAAGUGAGUGGAUGAAAUUUAAUAAACUAAAAUUACUUAAAAGGAAUUUUCCAGAAGAAUUUUAUCAGUGAGAUAAUUUUCCGUGGCUCAACCCUUGUAUUCGUCAUUAUGCUUGCUCAAAAAACUACUGAUUUAGAUGUGCAUUUUGAUGAAAUGGAGUUCAAUAAGUCAUCUACAUAUGCGUGUGGGGCCUUAUCAAUAAAUUUUAAAAAUCGAAGUACAUAAAUGCAUAUAGGUUUAAAAAGUUUGUGUACCUAUUUCACCUCCUAAAUAAUCUCGAAAAAUACUGAUUUAAUAAUCUAUUUUUACAGUAAAAGUUAUAAAAAAUAUGAGAUUUGUUCCAACUAGAAAACCAGCGACAUUGGAACAAUAGUUGACCAACUGAAACUAUAAUAAUUAUUAUUGUUGGCUAGAAUAUCAGUUAUAUAAAAAUAUGAACCUGGUAUAAAGGCGAAUAUGUUUAAAAAUAAUAUUGACUUUUGUUAAUAUCUAGAUAUUCCACAUUUAAGACAACACCAAUGUAUAAGUAGUCAAUAAUUAGGACCCAUGUUUAUAAAGCAAUCUUUACAAAAAUGGGCCCAAUUCAAUCUCCCAACACAAAUAAAUUAUUUUACAGUUGCUUAUGUAACACAAGCAGUUACAGUCUUCUUUACAGCAUCUCUAGCAUAAGGAAUGUAAGACAACGAGUACCAAGUCAUCGAAAGACUCUGGAUUAUGAUAAAUAAAAGUGCCAGGCCUGCUUUUUGCC